AUGUCCGGCCACACCAACCUCGAGGCCACCAUCUUCACCCACCUGGCGGAGCUGCAGGGCAAGAACGGCGGCCCCGAGGUCAAGAAGAAACCCGCACGGUCGCGCGCCAAGAAGGACAGCUCGAAGGCGGCCGCCCAGAAGCGAGCCGCCCCAGACACGGCCGCAUCCCUCCUGUCAAGCCGGCCGAAGAAUGACCCCCCCAGGACCCAGGCGCAGAAGCGCGUGCCCGAGGUGCCCGUCAGCAAGCGCCUCAAGGACGUGGUUCAGUGCUUGAGGCAGCAUGGGGGCUUGAUGUCCGCGGCUGAGAUCACGGCCAAGUGCCAGGUGGAGAUGGACGACCCGGGCCUGCUGGAGAAGCUGCGGGCCAACGAGAGGGUGGAGCAGCUGCAGGAUGGGCGGUACUUGUACAAGCCCAAGCUGGACCACGUCAGGGACAAGGAGCAGUUGAUCAAUCACGUGAGGGGGAACCCCAGCGGGACGAAAUGGGGGGACCUGUCAGAUGCCUACCCCGAGGUCGCGCGGGACCUCGAGGAGCUGAGGCAGGGCCGCAGGGUGUUUGUAUACCGCAGCCUGGACAAGGACAACGACGUGGUGUACCCCAAUGACCCCAAGCUGCUGCACGUGGUGGUGAGUGAGGAGGUGCAGGCCUUGUUCAGGGAGUCCAAGUUCGAGGGCACAGAGGAGGAGCUGGAGGGGGCGCUGAAAAAGGCGGGCCUGGUGAGGGCCAAGCGGCGGGGCGUGUUCGAGAGGCAGCAGGUGGAGAGGCCGCGCAAGGCCCCCAGGAAACGCAGCUUCCGAAAACACAUCACCAACACCCACAUGGCUGACACGGGGAUCGUUUGA